AUGCCCUUUGCUGAGCGCGAAGCGGUGUUGCGACAGCGAUCCUUGGAGGGGCAGAGAGAAGGCGAGUCCUCAUCGUCGUCUUCAUCAACCAGUGAACAUGCAUCAUCUUCGAGCGACGUCUUCUUCAGCUUGCGCGGCACUUACGGCGUUGCGGACGCACAUUUAUCAGAUGGUGAAUCCCCCGUGAAAAACCCGGACCAGGAGGAUGCUGACGUAAACGAUAGCCAAGCCAAGAACAGAUAUUUAGGCGUGGCGGUUGGGG